AAAUCCCCAUUAAAGAAAAUCCCUUUUAGAAUCUCCGAGGUCUCCUGAGUUCUGAGUUCGGCUGGCAUUGGACUCUGUGUAAAUUUACAAGAGUUUGUAUUGGUUCUUCGCCUCUCAAGGAUCCAAACAGAGGUUUGUGCAAUGUUGGGUACCAGAGAAACUUCACAUAUUUGCUCCCCAAGUCAGCAUUGCUCUCAAUGGGCUUGGACCUACUUGAAAUAUUGUUUGUGCAAUGCAAAGGACGGUUUUGCAUUAACCCUUGGAUUGGUCAGUGUUCUUAGCUGGGGAGUUGCUGAAGUUCCUCAGAUUAUAACAAAUUAUAGAGAGAAAUCGGCGGAGGGGCUUUCGGUUUUGUUCUUGAUGACAUGGAUUGUUGGAGAUCUUUUCAAUCUUACUGGCUGUUGGUUGGAGCCGGCAACUUUGCCAACACAAUUUUACAUGGCAUUGUUGUACACAGUUACUUCACCGGUUCUGAUAUCACAAACUGUAUAUUACAGUCACAUAUAUCCUCAGCUGAAAGCUAACAAAAAGAGUCUACUCCAUAAGGAGGAUGGAUCAGAAAAGGAGAAUCUAUUGUACAAAAUUGAUGAAAGAGAAGACAUAGCUACUGGAGAUCAUGGCAAUGGAUCUAACCUUGUAAAUGAAGGUUUUCAUGUUCCAAGCUCACCAAUUCUGGUCUCUUCACCAGCAACACACCACCACGGUUCAGCCGGAAGGGACCUAUAUUACAUGUCAGCGCGUUCUCUAUCAAGCAGUCCAGUGCCUAUGGCGGGAAUAUUGUUAGGAAAUUCACGGGAUUCUGGCAGAUCAUCGUAUAUUCUCGCUCGUGAUCAGCGCUUGUCAAGGGAACCUCUUCUUAUUCCUAGACAUUCUGCUCCACAUUUGUCAACUAAAAAUAUGCUUUGCGUGGUUUCUUCGUCAUUUUUUCUUCUUUGUACCUAUCAUUUUCAUCUUUCUGCGAAUCCUUCUCUUAGAGAUUCACCUCAUGGAAUGGUCAUAAUGGUGGGCCGCAAACUUCUACAGUCUAAGGCUGUAGACUCAUCAGUUAGUCAUGGAGGUGGAGGAACUGAGAUUGCAAGCAUUCUCGGUUGGGCAAUGGCUGCUAUUUAUAUGGGGGGGCGGCUUCCACAAAUAUGGUUAAAUAUUAGAAGAGGCAACUUUGAGGGUCUCAAUCCUAUGAUGUUUAUGUUUGCUUUGAUGGGAAACGCGACUUAUGUCGGGAGUAUACUUGUAAAUAGCAUGGAUUGGUCCACAAUCAGGCCUAACAUGCCAUGGUUAGUCGAUGCAGCAGGUUGUGUUCUUCUUGAUGCUUUUAUACUCAUCCAGUUUGUAUAUUUUCAUUAUUGGAAAAAUGAGGAUGCAGAAAAGAGAUAUGUUUCGUGAUUCCAGCUCAAGGAUGUACAAGAGUUCGGUGCUCUUACUCAGGAUUCACUACCAAGGUUCAGCUAACCAUAUAAUUGUGCAUAUUCAUGGAGAUGAUCACUCAUCAUUUUACAACAUCUGCUACCUUUUGUAGGAACGAGUUGGAAAAGCUUAGCAUCGGCAUUCUUUUUAUUCGAAUUCUUUUUUUUUUUGCACCCUCUUUUGGAGUUUAAUUUUUGUGGAUCUGUGAUUUUGAGGAUAUAUGUAAAUGGAGAAAUUGUAAGCUUCACCAAUCAGUCACUUGUGAAGAGACAAGGCUCAUUGUAGUCAAAUAACAGUCUCUUAUCAGACUUGUAUAGGUUACGGAGCAUAAAGGCUCAUCUUUUAUAGGAAUUUCUGUGAUUUUAAUAGGUUA